GCUACGCCAGCUGGAUUACGUGUCUGUGUUGUGUCUCGCUCUGAUUGGCUAGUGGGCGCGGCUUAGCACGUGCUGCACAGUGUUACACACUGUUGAAUAGGCUCUACGAUUUGCGAUCGAGCUGCGCCGAUCACUUGUUGAUUUCUGGUCUCCAGACUUUCAAUAUUAUUAAAAGUCAGCGAUUACGGUGCGACGUUUUGUGUUUCCGCAUAACUCGCAAUCCAGAUCGUAUUGCUCACUCCACGGGAUAGAUUCCGUUUCUGUCUCCGUCCCUGGAUCCAUUCUGGAUCUAGCUUUAGAUGGUAGCAGAGCCGACAGCGGUUCUCUGAUUGAUUUGAUUUGAUUUGUCAGGCAUAUUUGGCCUGUUAUUCAACGUGUUAUCCGCGACCAGCAAGGCGCAGGUCUGUUCCACAGCAAAGCGCACACCACAAGUGGUGCAAGUUCCUCAUCUGACGCGGAUUACUAGCUUUGGCUUUCGGUACAGUGUCUUCAGCGAAGACCUGUGCUGUUUCCUCAGCUGUGAAAGAGUUCAAGAGUUCAGUCGUCGGUGUUCCUCGGUGUAGAGUCUUCAGCGAAGACCUACACUGGUGUCACCGAUACUCGGCAAGGCUUCAGCGAAGCCUAAGCCGUGGGCCACAAGAGGCGAAGCGCCGAAAGGGGCGCACGGGAAAAGACAGAUCAGACUCCUCCAAACUGGUUGUAGAGCACUACUGUUGCUACGGCACAGCCGGCACAGUAAUAGAUUAAUAGCGCGAGGCACGCUACGGAACAGCGGCGACGCGGGAGCGGAGUUGGAAGAAGAAUCUGGAUCAUUCGGAUCAUUUUUCCCGUGGAACGCGGAAAGGAUGGACGGUUAACAGAUUUUAAACGGAAAGAUGGCACAAAAAGGUCAAGCCAACCGACGAAGCCAGGGAACACUUCAAACGGACGUCGAUCAGUCUACGGGCUAUAACCCAAGGUGUCCGGACUGCUUUCGCAAUAACAGAAAGGUCGAUAAGAAGUUCCCGUGCUACGCAUGUGUCCACAAGUUGGGAGACCCACAUAUUGUUUCACUCAUGGGAUUAAUGGAAGCCAAACGAGGGAACAUGGACGUUUUUCGAAACCUCAUCAGCGCGAGGAAUUACGGUAGCAUUCCAGUGGAAGAACGAAUGCUACUCGAGGAUCGUUACCGGGAAGCGAUCCAGAACAACGAAAGUGGCUGGGACGAGACUCUGGAGCCAUUGAAAUGCCCACAAACGGAUGCAUACCGUAAGAAGUUUGAGGAGGAUCAGGAGAAGAUGCGACGACAACAGUUGGAGGUUGAACUCCGAGCGAAGAUUAAUGCGGCGAAUCAAAAGGCGAGCGAACAGGCCGCACGGGAGGCGCUGCCCAAUCCGUCGAGCUCGACUGUACCGACAGCCAGCCUCAAUGAAGACGAAGCACAGCUGAUACGCCAGUCGCUCAUCAUUCAAAUCGACACGCUGACGAGUGAUCCGGCUGCCAUGCAACAGGAUUUGUUCGAUGCGCUGUUGCGGGAAAAGUUGAGACUGCAGAAGGGUUUCGCUCCCGCGCCAUACAUAAAGAAGGCAGUCGAAGAACGUAUGGAAGUGCUGCGCAGAUCCCGUCAAAACGAAAGUAAUGUACUGCAAGCGCUUAGAGGAUUUAGACGAGAUGACGGGUUUACACGACCUCGUUCGCCUCCGCAUAGAGAAAGGUCACGCGGACAUUCACGCGAACAUGAGCGGACUUCGGAAAGACGAAGCGAACGGUCACGUGAACACUCCCGCGAAAGGACACGGGAUUAUUGUAGUGAAAGGUCACGCGAACGUUCCCGCGAUCGCGAUUAUCGUGGCGGAAGAGGCUGGGUGCGUCAUGGAAACGAGAUAACUGAGACGAGUAUUCAGCGCAAAAUCGAUACGGCAAAGAUUUUAGCAGCGACAAGAGGACGUGAGGAACAACGGCGUGCGGAGACUUACCGCACAGAGCCUGAAAAGAAAGGUCAUCAGGUGCCGUUGGAAGUUGGAUUCCGUAACCGCAACGUUAGAAUGUCAACACCUGAAAGGUCAUGGGAUAAAAGACGCGAACACACGCGAAAUCGAACACCAGACCCACAGGAUAAACGCUGGCAGGAAAGAGCCAGGUAUUAUGCGGGUUUUGAAUCUAGCGCCAGUAAAAGGUCAUCGAGCGCAGAAAGGGAAGACUCACCCCCAAAGUAUCAAAGAAUGGAGUCAACUGUCCAUGUGGUGGACCCAAUUAUUAGCGCUGCUCAAGACGAUGACCCAAUGGAAGGAGCUAGUUCAAUUGCAGAAGCGUCCCAAGCAAAUGUGACGCAUCGACGAAACGUAAUUCUGGACAGCGACCUCCAACCGGCCACACCGGCGAGUAAUGAACCGCCGCAGGCAGAAUCAGGAGAACGAAGCGCACAAGAAAGUCAGCGCGAACCGGAUGAACGUCGCGAAGUUGAUCGGCGAACGACUUCUCGAUUCAAUAACCGACACCCCGACACAAUCGAUAUGGUAUACGACAUGCGCGACACCGAUGAACAAAAGACAGAAAUUUGCCGAUACAUGGGGAUCGAAGACGAUUCGGCGGAUGCGAAUAAGAUCCAUACAAUUCUGAACCAGCUGCGUCAAUUUUUAUUCGAUUCGGGCUAUGCGAAAGAAAUUAAAGAGGGAGUGGAACAAGGAAGCUUCCGUCAAUUAUACAUUCCCCGCGAUUCAGCAAGGGAUUGUUACCUCCCUGUCCGACGAAACGGAUUACAUAGUCUGCUGGAUUUGAAUUUGUUGGACGUGCCACUGGAUACGACUGACCCAGUCGGGAUGACACAAUUCUAUUAUAGAGAUUAUCCCGAACGACAAGAAUAUGUGGCUCAGUUUGUUUUACGACACGUGAAUCCAGCCUUCAAGUUGCUCGCAGCAAGAGCAUCGAUCGGACUACAAGUGGAUCCUAAAGACCAUGCCGCAAGAAGGAUGGGGCAAAAGGUUUUUGCUGCGAGAUUGGCACAUUAUAAGACACAUAACCAGUUGGUGUCCAAUACAAUGAAGGACGAUAUCCCACCACUCUUUCGACCUCACGUGGCGAAAUUGGGCGAACCUAUGGAACAUGUUGGAAUAGCCCAUACGGCAAGAAAGGCGCUGAAAAAGUGUAAGAUAAGAAUGGAAAAGGGCAAUCUUACACAACGCCAUGCCUCCCAGGUUGAAGAGAGGAUUAAUAAGAUCAAAGACACCAUGGGAAGUGACUACGUCGAACCUUUUGACGGAGUUGAAAUGUACGUCGACGAAUUCCUUGUAAAGAAAAGUGAUCGACGCCCGGAACGCGCUCCUAACCAGAUAGGACGGCGCGGCCUAAGAAACCAGCAACUCCGCGAUAACCUCGCCGACGUGCAACGGAGACUGGCGGAUGACCCUAAUAACCGGAGACUCCGGUUAGAAGAAAAUGACGCGCGUCAUCGAGUUGAGGCGGUUAAGCGCAGUCGCCAAGGGAAAGGUCGUGGCCAGCGGGAAGUUGACCCGACAAAGGUCAUCGGAGUUGAUGUAACGGGACCGGUCGACCGAACAUCUGACCGCAAUCAACCGGAAAGUUCUAAGAAGCGCCCGCCAAGAGAUGGCGAGGACGAUUCAAAUGAAAUGGAAUAGUGUUGAUCGUUAGGAUCACACUAUUAAAAAGGGCGUCUACGGCAAUUGUCGGUACGUCACAAGAAUGAGAAAUGGUGUUGUAUAAAGGCGACGUGACUUGUUCACAUAAACUGUAUUCGUGUAUUGUUGUUUUCAGCGUUUAUAGCACAGAAUUGCCUGAAAGAAAUCAUGUGGAGCAUCUAUUGGGGUUGAAAUUGAUCCGGUCUAUAAAGCCGGCCCCAAGGGAGUUGUUACGGCAAUUAGCCGGCUCACCUCCUUAAGCGAUUCAGUGUUAUAAAUUUGCAAGAGAAACUACGGUAAUCAAGCCGGAUCUCUUGAAUACGAAAGCGGGCCACAAGCGGCGAAAAAGAGAAAGACAACAGGUGGAAAUUUUAAUGGGGUAAACUUGAUGCGGCAGUCAGCCGGCCUCAUUAGAGUUGCUACGGUAAACUAUGCCGGCAAUCUCUCCCAAGCGAAUCAGUGUUAUAAGUCAACGAGAGAAAUAGCGGUAACCAAGCCGGAUCUCUCGUACGGAAGCUGGGCCACAAGCGGCGAACAAGAGUAAAAGAUUUAAUGUGGAAGCGUCAUGGGGUAAAUUUAAUGCGGUAGUUAGCCGGCCCCAUCAGAGAUGUUACGGUAAACUCUGCCGGCAUUCUGGCCGCUCGAGGCAUAUUGAAGUGGGAUGUGCGACGGAAAGGUCAACCUGCAAGUUCUACCAGGGAGGCAAGCGAAGAAGCGCUUGACGGCCGCAGAAAAUUGGCUAAGUUCCUCCAUGACCUUUAAUGGAAGUUGAAGAAAAGUUGGAUGACCUUUGGGAUCAUUACCGCCCAAGAGAGUCACCGUAUUAGAAUUCAAGUCGCAUGACCUUUUGGGACCAUUAACCCAAAUGAGUCGCACAUCCCGGAUCAUCUCAACAGAAAGAUGACCUUAUCAGGGAGGAAGCGAACUACGCUUGUCUGCAUGACGUCCCUCCAUGACUUUUAUGGAUCUCAUUUGAAAGUCGUACAAUUGAUACGCACCUUAUUCCAAAGAAUGAAGCAGUAUUCCUAAGUCGUACUUGAUACGCACCUGAUUCUCAAGCGGAUUGUGAUGAAAGUCGCACUAUGGAUGCGCGGAAUUGCUCAAGCGAGCGGAAUGGGCCAAAGUGCGGAAAACGGUGGACAGGACCUGUGACCUUUACGAGUCAGAAAUGGAGGAUCCUAGUCUACAUUUGAUUAAUACUUUUGUUGAUCUUAUAACUGUUGAUCUGUUUUUGUAUUAGAAUUGAUACGGAAUAGUAUUUUAAUACAGAUCUCUUUAUUUCACAUUGUGCAUUUGGAAUUAUGUGAUUAAAUGGAUUAAGAGAUUUGAUGUUUUUGAGCACGCACAGACACCGGCGACCGCCGUCUUUUCGUGGAUUCGGGAGUAUGUUCAGCCUCAACGGAGCUCGGCAUCCCCCCAGAGGCAUGUGAGCGGGGGUUCACUAGCGUUCACGUCCGCGACGCUACGCCAGCUGGAUUACGUGUCUGUGUUGUGUCUCGCUCUGAUUGGCUAGUGGGCGCGGCUUAGCACGUGCUGCACAGUGUUACACACUGUUGAAUAGGCUCUACGAUUUGCGAUCGAGCUGCGCCGAUCACUUGUUGAUUUCUGGUCUCCAGACUUUCAAUAUUAUUAAAAGUCAGCGAUUAUGGUGCGACGUUUUGUGUUUCCGCAUAGCUCGCAAUCCAGAUCGUAUUGCUCACUCCACGGGAUAGAUUCCGUUUCUGUCUCCGUCCCUGGAUCCAUUCUGGAUCUAGCU